AUGCUGUCAACACUCGAACCUGAAGUUAACAUGUUUUGGGCUGGAAAAAUGUGCUGGCAUCUGGCAACCCUGACACUGCAGCCACGAGAGCGGUGCGGUCUUCUUUCUUUCUCCGCCUUGCUGAAAAAAACAGAUGUUCUUGAGAAGGUGCUGGAAACUACUUCAAGGAAGCCAGGAUUCCCCGCCGAUAUCCUCCACGAUCUCUUCGAAGGCGUAGUGCCGGUAGAACUGGCUCUUUGUUUGAAAGCUUGGAAACAUGGACUCCUCGCUGCGGUUACCUUGUACAGACAAAGAAGGUCCGGGCCAUUCGGGGAGAAGCUUUCAAGUCUUCUCUUGGACUACAGUGAGCAGGACAAGAAUGACGUACAAAAAACAAGAACUGCAGUCUUGUUUGGACUACCCCUGUAUUUAAAAGAAGACCCAAGCCAGAUAUUUCGAACUUGUAAGGAGGAGGAACUUGAUGGCAGCAAAGAUGGGACGGUUGCCCUGGUUGCUGUCACUGGAGAUGCUGCGACUCCUUGGUCCGCCCAACAGGUGGCCAUCGUGUUGGAGGACCAGAUCGUCUCAACUCACCGUUGCUGGGUGGAUGCACUGGUUAUCCUCUUCGGCCUAAUAUAUGCACUACACCUGGAGUACCCACAGAAAGUAAAGGGCUUCUUUGACUUUCUCCAAAUGAUCCUCCUCAACUUGGAUGAGGGGCGGAGGCAACUUUCCCCAAAAUUGCAGACACUGAAAAAUGAACUGGACAAUGAGUAA